AUGUCAAGUGUAAUUAAAGGAAAAAGAUCCCCAGUCCAAGGGUCUAUUCAUAAGCGUGUACCACAAAGACCGGCAACCGUUCCUACAGACAUUUAUAUUUCGAAAAAGAGUAAAACACAGGCAAUCAUUAAACGUGUAAGAAGAUUAAUGUUGAAAGAAAACUAUAAAACAGUAACGAUCCAUGGAUUAGGUGCCAUGAUUAUACGUGCAAUGUCUAUGGCAUUAGAAGCACAAGCAGUAUUACAAAACCAAAUUAUUUUAAAACCUACUACAGAAACAAUAACUUUAAUAGAUGAUGUUAUACCUGAAGAUAUGAAGCAAAAGAUGGUUUAG